AUGAGCGAUGAAGAAACUUUGGAAAGUUCGUCGUCAGACAAUGAGAGUGGCCAGGAUGACUUCGAGGACCCUGAUUUUGUUGCUGAAAACGUGAGGUAAGAAGACAAACAUUUUUCUAAAAUGAAUUUGUUUUAUUGCUUUCGUUUAUCUUACUAUAGUAUUCUAUUCUACUUCACUGUAGUGCAAAUGCCAAUGAACAUCUUGAACUUUGAAUAAUCUUGAAUCCGUUUACCUGUUUUGUAUAGUGACGACGACGACGACGAGCAGCCUGGGCCAUCAACAGCCCCCACCCCCACAACAAGCCGACGGAGGCCAUCACAGAGGGGGCGUGGAAGGAAGGAUCAGGCCAAGACCAGGUCAAGAUCUCCAGCCCAGUCAGCAGCACAGCCAGAACAGAGCUCUGAGCCAUGGAAAACAGAGACUGAUCCUGACACUGCCCCACAAGCCAGUAGGUUCAUGCCCCGCAGACCACCAGGAGCCCAGGUGGAUUUGCAUUCAGGGCACACACCAAAGGACCUCUUCCUGCUCUACUUCGCCGCAGAUACAAUGAGGACAAUCUGCAGAAACACCAACAAACAGGCAGCAAGAAAUCAGCAGAAGGGGAGCAAAUAUCAGUGGACUGACGUUGAUGUGGAGGAACUGCACAGAUUUCUGGGUCUCCUCAUCUACACCUCAUUGGUGACUCUGCCUAGUAUCCAGGACUACUGGAAACAAAGCCACAUAUUGUCUGUUUCAUUGCCAGCGAAGGUCAUGCCAAGAGACAUAUUCCGGUCCAUCUCAUGGAACAUCCACCUAAGUGAUCCAGAGGAGGAUGUCAUAAAUGACCAGCGCAAAGGUACACCCCAGCAUGACAAACUGUUCAGGGUCAAACCUCUGAUGGACGACAUUCGCACUGCCUGCCAGGCUCAUUACCAUCCUAAGAAGGAACUGUCAGUCGACGAGAGGAUGGUGGCUACAAAAGCCAAAACUGGCAUGACCCAGUACAUGAAGGACAAGCCUAACAAAUGGGGGAUCAAGCUCUUUGUGUUGGCAGAGUCUAACAAUGGCUACACUCUAAACUUCAACGUGUAUGUUGGGAAAGCACACACACCCAGCGUGCAUGGACUUUCAUAUGAUGCUGUUAUGGACCUCAUUCAGCCAUCACAUCUUGGUACAGGAUACCAUAUUUAUAUGGACAAUUUCUACACCAGCCCAAAACUGUUCCUGAGUUUGGGAAGUAUGAAGUUUGGAGCCUGUGGGACCUACAGAAGCAACAGAAAAGGGUGUCCUAGUGGCAGAGAAAAUGCCCUCACCAGCAAAUCGAAGAGGGGGUCUGUGAGAUGGAUCAGAGAGGAUCGCCUGGUCUUUGUGAAGUGGAUGGAUACGCGGGAGGUGUCGGUGUGCUCCACAAUCCACCCAGCGUUUUCGGGCGAGACAAUCAAGAGGAAGGUGAAGGAAGGACCUGGACGCUGGGUAGCAAAAGACAUUCCCUGCCCUACCCCCAUCAUGGCCUACAAUAAGUACAUGGGAGGGGUUGACCUGUCAGACCAGCUUCUCCAGUAUUACUCAACCCAUCGCAGAACUGCUCGCUGGUACCGUACCCUCUUCCUGCAUUUUUUGGACAUGGGAACAACAAAUGCAUACAUCCUGCACUGUGACAUCAGUGCGACCCAACAGGUCACACCCAUGACGCACAAGAACUUUGUGGCAGAACUUGUGGCCCAGCUGUGCGGAGUGACCCAGACAGGGGUUCCACUUCAAAAAAGCACCAGCCAUGUUCCUGUGGCCAUUGCCAAUGUUGCAGAGGCCAAAGACAAAGCCACAGCAGGCCGCAGGGUUUGUCAACGCUGUAAACAAGUUGACAAGAAGAGGUUUGUCACACCAUGGAAGUGCAAGGCCUGUGAUGUGGCUCUCUGUGUCAUUGUGGACAGGAACUGUUUUGAAGAGUGGCACAAAUAGGGUAAAGGCCAGUGGCUAUACCUACUUUUUUUGUAAAUAGUUGUGUAUUGCUUGUAUAUAUCUCAAGAAUACUUUUAUAUGUUCAUAUUUGCACUUUGUGGUUCAAUUUGAAGCUUUUUUUUUCAUUUUGGACAGAAACUGUUUUGAGGAGUGGCACAAAAAGGUUUAGGGUUAGAAUAGAAGAAAAACGCCAGUGGUUAUACCUACUUUUUAUUGUAAAUAGUUAUUUAUUGCUUGUAUAUAUCACCAAAAUACUUUUAUAUGUUCAUAUUUGCACCUUGUGGUUCAAUUUGAAGCUUUUUAAAUGCUUGGUUCACCAUGUUUGAGGGUUUUACAAUAAAAAAACCAUCUUUUUUCUAAACGGACUUUGUGUUUUCUGUGUGUGUUUGGGUCCAGUGUGUUGAAAUAGUAUGUCAAAGUGAAAAACUUACUAACAGAUCAUAUAGGUGAGGUUGUGCUGAAAAAAAAGAUACCCAACAUUGGUCUGGUAAACAUUUCUUUAUGUAGUAUAUCAGGGCAAAAUUGAAGGUACCCAAAAACGGCCAAGAAAGCUCCAGACUCCGAAGAGUUAAGUGCCUUGUACAGGUUUCCUUCUUUUCACUUUGUCAAUUAGGUUAGUAUUGUGGAGUAAACUACAAUGUUGAUGAUCCAUCCUCAGUUUUCUCCUAUCACAGCCAUUAAGCUCUGUAACUGUUUUAAAGUCACCAUUGGCCUCGUGGUGAAAUCCCUGAGAGGUUUUCUUGCUCUCCGGCAACUGAGUUAGGAAGGACGCCUGUAAUCGUUGUAGUGACUGGGUGUAUUGAAACACCAUCCAAAGUGUAAUUAAUAACUUCACCAUGCUCAAAGGGAUAACCAAUGUAUUUUUGGUAUUUUUUUUACCCAUCUACCAAUAGGUGCCCUUCUUUGCAAGGCAUUGGAAAACCUCCAUUGUCUUUGUGGUUGAAUCUGUGUUUGAAAUUCACUGCUCGACUGAGGGACCUUACCAAUAAUUGUAUGUGUGGGGUACAGAGAUGAGAUUGUCAUUCAAAAAUCAUGUUAAACACUAUUAUUCCAUGCAACUUAUUAUGUGACUUUUUAAGCACAUUUUUACUCCUGAACUUAUUUAGGCUUGCCAUGACAAAGGGGUUGAAUAAUUAUUGACUCAAGACAUUUCAGCUUUUCAUUUUUUAUUAAUUUGUAAAAAUGUUGAAAAACACAAUUCCACUUUGACAUUAUGGGGUAUUGUGUGUAGGCCAGUGGCCAAAAAUUAAAAUUUUCAAUUCAAUCUGUAACACAACAAAAUCUGUCUCGAACCCCCCACCCCCACCCCUGAAAUGGUCUAACAAGCCUGGUGUACGUCACCCUUGGUGGCGAAGGAGUUUCUCACCCUGUCUCUCACCGUGUUGUGAAACCAGCACAAUGACUGAGUGAUGGGGUUAUACUAUAUAAUCUCUCUCUCGGGUGUGUGCAUGUGUGUUGAGCCAAUGAAAGCACAGCUUACAAAGUAGAUGUCUGUGAUUGUUAAGUCAUCCUCGUCAUCCUGGGAGAAUUGGCUGGUGCAUCCGGACCUGACACCAUGCUUCCCCGCCGGGGGUCAGGGUCCGGAUGCAUCAGGAUGACGAGGAUGACUUAACAAUCACAGACAUCUACUUUGUAAGCUGUGCUUUCAUUGGCUCAACAUGGUAGAAUUACUGUACACACCUCUCUCUUCUCUCUCUCUCUUUUUUAUUUUCUUUCUUUCUCUCGUGCUCUCUCUCUCUCUCUCUUUCUCUCUCUCUCUUCCUCUCUCUCUGGGUCAGACUGAACCAAACACCCCAGUGUCAUGUGUCCUGGACAGCCAUGUGAUCUUAGCCCACUGGUGCAUGUGUAAUAAUGGGAGAGAGUGUGUGUCCUGGACAGCCAUGUGAUCUUAGCCCAUUGGUGCAUGUGUAAUAAUGGGAGAGAGUGUGUGUCCUGAGCCGCCUGGCCUACUCUAUUAAUAAACUAGGCCAUACAGUGGGGCGUACAGCAUCCUAACUAAGAAUGGCCUCGCUCUGGAGAGAUGGACUGUACUUAAAGUAAAUGUGUUGUUCUUUCGCCCUCAUUAUUUCUCUCUCUCUCUCGCUGUGUCUCUCUCCUGUUUUCGCUUCCUCUCUCUCGUUCGAUUUGUCUUUAUCUUCCCAUACCUUUCUUUCUUAUCCCCCCCUCAGGACACUGUAUCAGUCCAUCGGCCGGGCUUCUAUGCAGACAGGUUCUUCAAAUUCAUGAGCAGCAAUGUGUUCAAGAAGAGCUCCUGUGAGUAGACCUGACUAGACUACCAGUCAGACUGACAGACUCAUGGCUUCCACUGCCUCAGGCACUCUGAGGAAAACAAAGACCUGCUCAAUUAACUUAUUUUAUGCUUGAAUCUUGGUUUUGAACUUGAUGUCUUUAACUUGAUGUCUUUUGAAUUGAUGUACUUUUUCACUGCAAAUCCUCUUAUGUAUUUUGUACUGGGAGGUGAAACAUUAUGAGAAAAUAUGGAAGAUAUUGGAACACUCAAACACACAUGUAGGACUGUGUUCCCAUUGGUGGUAAGAAGACAAGUGUUCCCCUUAGUGAUGUUAUUUAUCUGUGUGUUCCUCAGCCUUGAAGUCUUCUCCCAUUAAGAAGGGUCGUGUGGGCCUGACGGUGCCUAAGUACACUGGCCCCGGGGCCGCCUGGUCAGCCAGCCAGUUGCCCUCAGAGAGAGACGAUAACAUCUAUGACCUGAGAGGAGCACGCAGCUUCCCCACGCUGGAGGACGAGGGUAGGGGGACCUAGACCAUACAAACACCCCCCCGUCACAUUCACACACUCCACCUUCACACAGCGCUAUCAUUUUAUCCUAGCUGUUGAUGCAGGUGUUUUGACAACCUGUUCUGAUUCUCUCUCCCCACUUCUCCCCCCUUGUCUCUUCUCUCUCUCUCGCGCGCGCGCACACACUCUCUCUCUCUCAGGGCGACCAGACCUCCUCCCCUGCACCCCUCCGUCGUUUGAGGAUGCGACCACGGCCUCCAUCGCCACCACGCUCUCCUCCACCACCUCUCUGUCCAUCCCAGAGAGGUCUCCUUCAGACGCUGGAGCAGAGCACCCCCGCUACAGGUACCAGAACAACAGCUCUGAGAGAAGGUACAGCUAUGGUCACAAUGUCUUAUUUAUGGAGUAUGUAUUCAUAGGGUAUGUCCUUAAAAAAAAAAGAGAAUUCACAAAUAAAAAUAAGUCAAGAUGCAUAAUAUAAUGGUUAUACCAUAUUCAGAACUGAAUCACAAACAAUCACUGGUUGUGUUGAACUGUCAGAGCCACAGAACCUAAUUGAUGUACCCUACCCAGGUUUACAACACAUUAACUUCUCUGUCUGUCUGUUUCUCUCCAGGAGGCACACCCAGUCUGUCAGCCAUGACGGGAGGUAAGAACACUACGUUGCCUGCUUGGCCUGUUUGAAUGCACAACUUAUUCCGUUGUAUAAAGGACUUGGUAGUGUGGUCCUCUGUAGCUCAGCUGGUAGAGCACGGCGCUUGUAACGCCAGGGUAGUGGGUUCGAUCCCCGGGACCACCCAUACACAAAAAUGUAUGCACACAUGACUGUAAGUCGCUUUGGAUAAAAGCGUUUGCUAAAUGGCAUAUUAUUAUAUUAUUAUUAUUAUUCUUACAGCGCUAGUCAUUCUGGCUCUGACCAGUGAGUAAGGCCACUAGGCUAGGGUGUGUCAGGUCAGCCUAUUGGUCUGUGUUUUUAUGGGUAUGACCACCCUUCCUGUCGCUGAGUUGUAUUGCGUGUGUGUGUACUUACAUUGCACGUGUGUGUGUGUGUGUGUGUGUGUGUGUGUGUGUGUGUGUGUGUGUGUGUGUGUGUGUGUGUGUGUGUGUGUGUGUGUGUGUGUGUGUGUGUGUGUGUGUGUGUGUGUGUGUGUGUGUGUGUGUGUAUGUGUGUGUGUGUGUAGGACCCAGGAGGAGGUGCGUGUGCGUUUGGAGGAGCAGCAGACCAUCACGGUGGAGGUGGAGGUGAAGAGACAUGACAGCGAGCCCACCAUCACAGCCCCACAGCCCUCUCCAGAGACCAGGUACACAGCCUCAACCUUCAUCUACAUAGACCAAAAUGUAUUACACAAGGCCCUGAGGGCAUGCUCAACUCUACUGAGCACCACACCCAGCAUCCAACACACUCACUGAAACCAGAGCCAUGCAUUUACAGAGUUAUUCACAUUUCAACAGGCACCAUGUUGGUAUACCUAACAUACUUGACAGCACUCACUGUAACUCCGGGAAUCCCAAGUAUAAAGUCAGUGUUUCAGAUCCUACCUAAAAUGUAAAAUGUAAAUGAUGGGGCUGUCAGGUUAAAUACCUGUUACGACUGCUCUGACUCCAAUAGGAACCGUGCUGCUGCUGCUACGGCACUUUUUACUAAAAAUAACCUGGAAAUGUCUCACCUGGGACAGGCUAACCCCUAGGUUAUCUAACCAUCCGCUCUGGGAAGUGGGGCAGUCAUGCUCCCAUUUGGCGUUGAUAUUAAGUCCCCACCUUACAUCUUACUCUAGGUCCCAUUUGGUUAUUGGGGUGGCUGUGGCCUGUUGCUAUGCUGUUAAGUCCCUUGUUAUGGACAGAUCAUCACUGCCUCUGGAUGUUCUCUGGAGCAGACAUCUAAUUAGGUUAAGAGAGUGGAGUAGGGUGAGGCAGACAGACAGGGUAGUAGGGUGAGACAGACAGACAGACAGGGUAGUAGGGUGAGAAAGACAGUGACUGUAAAAGGGUGUGACGGAAAGACAGGAGUGCAUGGGGAAAGUUAUGGAGCGGCCGGGCAGUGGAACUAGGUCAGAUGGGUCUGGGGCUAAGGCCGGGGGGGUUGAGACCAAGUUAGACAUAUGGCCUCUGGGAGCUGGGUGGGGUAGUAGGGGAAGGGUGGAGGGGACGGAGCAGACAGGGGGACUGGGGAAUUAGCCAUCUGGAGACCCUGCUCCUCAAAGCUGCCUCAGACUCACCUGCUUGGGGAGAGAGUGAGAUGUGAGAGGUGAGAGCAAGAGAGAAAAAGAGAGGGAGAGAGGUAGAAAGAGAGUGAGGUCCCUGGCUGCAUGGCAACUACAACACAUUUACAUUUACAUUUUAGUCAUUUAGCAGACGCUCUUUUCCAGAGCGACUUACAGUUAGUGAGUGCAUACAUAAUUUUUUAUACUGGCCCCCCGUGGGAAUUGAACCCACAACCCUGGCGUUGCAAACCAGCCCCCCACCCCCAUUAAAUACUUAUUUCCAGACAAACAGGUCCUUCUCCGAGUCUGAGAUGCUGUCGCUGCUCUUUAGGAACGCCAGACUUCACAUUUCUGUCUCUCUAUCUAAACACACAAGCUGAGAAAGCAAUCUGGGAUUAGCUUAAGUCGUUCCUAGUAGUUCAUGAUCUGGGUCUGGACAAUAGCGGGAUUGUGGUGGCACUGUGCCAUCUGGUAGUGUAAGUCUUAGUUCGUGGCAUCUUAGCAACAGCCUCCGAGCCUCUCUGUUCCCUUUGAUCUAAUCGGUCAGCUCUGCCUGUCUGGGCUGGUUUCAGAAAGAGGGAGAGGGAGGGAGAAGGAGAAAGAGAGAGUGUGUGUUUGAGAGCAGGUGUGUACAGUAAUUCUACCGUGUUUGUGUAUGAGCAGGUGUGUGACUGACCCCUGUAUCUUCUCAGUGAGGUACCAGAGGUAGCUUCUGCUGCUGUUGUUGCCCCACCCUCCACCUCUGCCCCGGCCCCUGAUACCCCUGGGGCCCCUGCUGAAGCCUCUGCAGCUGAGGCCUCUGGCCCGGAGACCCCUGCUUCGGCGCCGGAGGCACCUGCCAGUUCCAAGGUGGUGGUAGAGGCUGAGCGGGACCGCCGGGGCAGCAUGGUGUCAGGGUCCGGCUGCACCAGCCAAGCCUCCCAGGAUGACGAGGAUGACGUAACAAUUACAGACAUCUACUUUGUAAGCUGUGCUUUCAUUGGCUAAACAUACAUGCACACACACCUGGGUCGUAUUCCUUUUGUAACAAACAAUGAAACUAAUGUUUCUCACUGUUUCAGUUUGUUUUCAUCCAUUUAGUGCCUAAUGAAUAGGAUCCUGGGCACACAAGGCACAGUUAUGAUAGAUACUAAAUACCAACUGUUACCAUGUCUAUAGGCAUACAGCUCAGUUACAACAUACGGUAUACUACAGUAUCCUAGCUACUAAAUAGCUCCUAGGAUUAAACCUACGUCAGUCGGUAGGCAUACAGCACAACAUGAUACAGACAACAGCAGAUGCUAGACUAUACACAGCUAGCUCCCAUCAUUUCCAUUGGCCAUCAUUUUUGUUUUGUUAAAUAUUGUUUGUCCAUGUGCGUUGACAGUAGGAAUCCAGAGGGAGCAGAGAGAGAGAGUGAGGUGAGACACCUGCAUGGGACUGUUAUACCAGAAGACACCACAGUGGGUUGGAGUGUUCAGACUGGGUUGGAUUGGAGUGUUCAGAAUGUUCUGGGGUGUUCAGAGUGGGUUGGAGUGUUCAGACUGUGUUGGAUUGGCGGGUUCAGUAUGUUCUGGAGUGUUCCGAAUGUUCUGGAGUGUUCAGACUGGGUUGGAGUGUUCAGACUGGGUUGGAGUGUUCAGACUGGGUUGGAUUGGCGGGUUCAGUAUGUUCUGGAGUGUUCCGAAUGUUCUGGAGUGUUCAGACUGGGUUUGAGUGUUCAGACUGGGUUGGAGUGUUCAGACUGGGUUGGAGUGUUAAGAAUGUUCUGGGGUGUUCAGACUGGGUUGGAGUGUUCAGACUGGGUUGGAGUGUUCAGACUGGGUUGGAGUGUUCAGACUGGGUUGGAGUGCUCAGACUGGGUUGGAGUGUUCAGACUGGGUUGGAGUGUUAAGAAUGUUCUGGGGUGUUCAGAGUGGGUUGGAAUAUAGUGUUCAGAAUGUUCUGGGGUGUACAGAGUGGGUUGGGGCAGAGUGUUCAGACUGUUCUGGUGUGUUCGGAGUGGGUUGGGGUGGAGUGUUCAGAAUGUUCUGGGGUGUUCAGACUGGGAUUUGAGGUGUUUAAGGGUUAAUAUAGUCCAUCUCCCUAGCUUCACUUCUGCUUUGUCCUAAGCACUUGAUGUCAUCUCAAUGUGGCACUAAACAUAAUUGAAUGUGGGCCCAGACAAAUAGGACAGUACUUCAGGCUAUGACAUCAGCAGAUAAUGAAGUUACGGUUGAGUUGUUCGCUCUUUUAUUCUAACCACAUCUCUCUUAACUGGUUUAGAGUGUGUGCUUUCUGUUUUGCAUGCAUGGCCCUCGUCCUCCUAAACAUUAAUAGAUUACUUCUCUUCAGACAGCCUGACUUUGAUCUGACAGGUGUUAUUGUAGCAGUCUGGGCUCUACGACACUGAGUUCAGCGCCAGAGCCAUGCAUUAAUAUACGAGUCUGUGGUGAGAAGUGAUGGGAAGUCCAGACAGGAAAGUCUCCUCUGGCGUUGCUCUGACUGGUGGACAGUCUUUCCUGCAAUGAAACACCUCACACUGUGUCCCUGGAGGCCCUGAGGGUCAGUAGGUCUGUCUGUCUGUCUGAGCGCUCUUAGUCAUCUGAUGACCAUCUCAACUCACCAGCCCUGCUCUGACUCUACUCUCAUGCUGUAGUUCAGGAGAAACAGAGUGGAGCUCUGUAGGCUGCAGAGAGGCAACACUUUUAACAACCACUAUCACCACUGUCUGUCUCUGUAUCCAUGCACCUGUGGUCAUUUAGCCAGCCGAAGACACGUAUUAGGUCAUAUAACAUUCUAAAUGGAAUUCUAAUAGCAUUCUAAUUUAGUGCUUCUAAAUGGUUUCAUUAUAUGGGUUGUAUGGUAGUGUCAUCUCAUCAUGUGUAAAGCAAUCUCAAAGCAAAUACCAAUAAACAGCAUAAAAAUAUGAUUGUCUUCUGGGAUUUGACUGGUUAAAGUAGAUGACUCUUCAUCAGAACAAUGUGUGGGAUAUUGCACCAGUACUGAGAGACGGAGCGGAGCGGACAUUAUUCUGAGAGCUCUUGGAGAGAGGGCUGAAGUGAUUGUUCUAGUCAGAGCAGACGUUGGGGAGAUGGCAGAGAAGUGCUUCACAAGUGGCUACAGCCUGAAUGAUUCAUUUAUCAUCAGCAUUCACCACCUCCCUUUUGCACUCACUCUCUCUCUGUUUCUGUCUCACCCUCUCGCUCUGGGUCUUUCGCUCUCUCACUCUGUCUCCUCUGUUUCCCUUAUCUUCCUCUCUCCUUCACGCCGUUUCUCUCCCUGUCUUUCACAUUCCCUCGCUCCUCUGAUUUAUCUGUUUAAGCUGUGACUGAGGCUCAGGGUGGUGAGAGGAGUGAGGAAGGGGAAAGGGGGGAUGAGAGGAGGAGGAGGAGGAGGAGGGCACCAGACCUGUAAAUCCAUUCAUCAUCAUGCCUGAUUCACAUUUAAUUUCUUCACCCUUCACCAUCACACAGUCAAAACAGCAAUCUCCUCUUCUAUCACCUCUAUAAUGAACCUUGAAUUUCCAUCCAUGUUCCAGCUACAUCUCAUUUGUCUGUCCCUCCAUCCCUUUCACCCCUCUGUUCUCCCCCAUCUCUCUCUCUCCCUCUCCCCUCUCUCAUCUCUCUCUCUCUCGCUCUUUCUCUGGGGGUGUGCUGUCAGCUUGCAGACGGGAGAACCUGGGUGUUCUCUCCUGUCCCGUCGGAGGAGAAAGCUGCAGUGUAAGUUAGUAGGACUCUCUAUGGCUCCCAGUUUAGAUGCCUACUACGAGAGCUUGGUACUAUAAGGUUCUAUCUGCAUUUUUGUCCAACAUUUUUAUUGACAUAGCCUUGUUCUGUUCAAUGCUCUCUACCUGUAUAUUACUCUGAAUACCCAAAUUCAUGUUGUUAUGUUCAAAAGAAUACAAUAUAAAAAUUGCUGACACCAUUCAAACCAAUGAGGUUUCGGAACUUUAAAGCCAAUUAUCUCAGAAUCAUCUUUUUGCAGAUAGAACCUUAUAGUCCCAAGCUCUCAUGUCUAGUCAAUGCUUCAGUCAAUAGCACCUUUUUAUACGGAUAUCAAUGGUCUAUAGCUGUGAAUGGAGUUGUUGUAGCUUAGUCCCCCAGUCUGCUUACUUUGAGUCUUAGUGCUGUACAUGUAGCGAUUCCUCAGUUUUGUAUUUGUAUUCAUUAUGGAUCCCCAUUAGCUGCUGUCAAGGCAGCAGCUACUCUUCCUGGGUUCCAGCAAAAUUAAGGCAGUUCUAAGUUAUAAUACAUUCAUAACAGAUUUCACAACAUAUUAAGUGUGUGCCCUCAGGCCUCUACUCUACUACCACAUAUCUAUAACACAAAAUCCAUGUGUACAUGUGUGUAUAGUGCGUAUGUUAUCGUAUGUUUGAAUGCAUGUGUCUAUGUUUGUGUUGCUUCACAGUCCCCGCUGUUCCAUAAGGUGUAUUUUUAUCUGUUUUUUAAAUCUAAUUUUACUGCUGGCAUGAGUUACUUGAUGUGGAAUAGAGUUCCAUGUAGUCAUGGCUCUAUGUAGUACUGUGCGCCUCCCAUACUCUGUUCUGGACUUGGGGACUGUGAAGAGACCUCUGGUGGCAUGGCUUUGAAAUAGACGGAUCCGAAUGAAAAGACAUACACAAGAUCUCACACAAAUGACUAACAAGCUGACUUCCCUUGACAAGCAUCUUUUCUCAGAGGAUGCUUGAUGGUGCCUUGAUGCGUAACAGGCCGUGACACAUUACAUGCUUUACGUAUUGUUACAGAUCAUUUUUAUUUCAUCAUGUGUUUCAUCUCAUUUGAACAAAAAGGGUCAUGGCCUUUUUGAUCUGCCUUCAUAUCAUGUCAUUGUUAAAGCUACAGUCUGCAAUCUGGAAAUCUGUUCAAUAGUCAUUUUAAUUCUUGAUAUAAUUCUGUUGUUUUUCUUUUAGCAGACUGUAGCUUUAACGUUAUUCAUCCAUCUCAUCCUCUGCUUGGGGUUUGUUCCUCUACAUGUUGAAUCAAAUCAAACGGCUGGAGAAGACUCUCCCUGUAGAGAGAGAGGGGGAGCGAUGGGGCAAGAAAGGAGGAGAAGGAAGGGAUGAGGUGGCUGAGUUAUAGGAGGAGGCUCUUGGUUUCUCAUUUGAGGCCAUCUGUCUCUCUCCUCUGCUCCCACUCCCUGUCUUCCCACCUCUCUCUCUCUUUAAUUCCUUCUCAGUCUCUCCCUCUAUCUCCACCUGAGUGGCCUCAGAGACAGAGCAGCACUGAGGCGCUGUCAGGGCUAAACACUUAAUGCACAUAAUAGUAAAUGCAAUGCACAGAGCACUUUUCUUUAUUGAGAAUGAAAGGGGGGAAGAUGCUUUGAGAGUAGAUGUCAUUUUGGUUGUUGGCAGUGCUGGCAACCUCGCUUUCCACCCACCACCCCUGUCGCCAACCACCCACUCCCACCCUGUUUUCUGGCUGAUGCAUACUGUAGAUUCAUCCUUUUUCCUAGUCCACUUCACCUUAGCUUUUUAGAUUGAUGAGGUGUUAAUCAAAUAGAAAUAGCGUAGUCAUAGAAAGCAAUUCUUAGGCACAUGAUACAUACCAGCCAGCAUUAGAACUGAAGAGUUUUGACUGAUAGCAGGAAAUAGGAAAGACUAACAUUCUUUUGAAGGAAAUGUUAAUAUUUUAUUACACAAACCCUCUAUGCUGUGUUCCAAUAGGAUUUCCCUGCAGUUAGGCUAAUCUAUAUUCCAAGCUCACACUUUCUGUCCUGGCAUUUCCUCCUUUGGCAUUUCUAAUUUUAUUUUAUUUUCCUGGCCUGUCUAUCUCUCUUGCCUGCCUCUGCUUCUCUGUGUGUGUCCAAUGGCCCCCACUCUCUCCCUUUCUCUGACGCCCUCUGCUGUGUCGGUUGUGCACCGACAGCCCCCAGAGGACAGGACCUGGGUGUACUCCCCUCUGCACUAUGGCAGUGAGUCUAAUACCUUGCCGGAUGGGCAGGAGAGCGAGACAGUAAGUAGUGAGAAUUACACCUCCAGUAUCCAGUACAGUGUGUGUGUGUGUGUGGGCCGGCCUGACCGUCGAGCCCAAUGA